CAAAUCAUUCCACCCCCAUGUUUCAAGCGGAAAGCUGUAUCACUUCGCAUCAAGACAGCGAGAGAAAUAAAUCUAACAAUUUCCUCAACUGCCGUCGACAUGUCAUCCACCAGCGAGAGCAGGUACACCUAUGAGCAGUACAAGGAGACAGCUGAUUGGCUGCUGGAGCGUACGCAGCACAUGCCCAAGGUGGCCAUCAUCUGUGGUUCUGGACUGGGAGGGCUGGCAGACUUACUGGAGAAUAGUGUAGCCUUCCCUUAUAAAGACAUCCCUCACUUCCCUCAGAGCACAGUGCCAGGCCAUGCUGGGAAUCUGGUGUUUGGGGAGCUGCAAGGGAAGACCUGUGUUUGUAUGCAGGGCAGGUUCCAUUACUAUGAGGGCUACAGCAUCGCCAUGGUGACGUACCCGGUGCGUGUGUCCACUCUGCUUGGGGUGGAGACGUUGAUAGUGACCAACGCUGCAGGAGGACUGAACCCUAAGUUCAAUGUUGGUGACAUCAUGUUGAUCAGAGACCACAUCAAUAUGCCUGGCCUGGCCGGCAUCAACCCUCUGAGGGGACACAACGAUGACAGGUUUGGUGUGCGGUUCCCCUGCAUGUCGGAUGCGUAUGAUGCAGACCUGGGCCGUUUGGCUCGAGAGGUGGCGGAGGAGCAGGGCUGUUCCUCUUUCCUCCAACAGGGGGUGUACUGCAAUGUGGGCGGCCCCGCCUUCGAGACAGUGGCAGAGAGCAAGAUACUGCUGAGCCUGGGGGCAGACGCUGUGGGUAUGAGUACAGUGCCAGAAGUGAUUGUGGCUCGUCACUGUGGUCUGCGUGUGUUUGGCCUGUCUCUCAUCACCAACCGCGUGGUGUCAGAGUAUGGCAGCCAGGACCGCGCUAACCAUGAGGAGGUGCUGGAAAUCACCCAGCGACGCACACAGGACCUGCAGAAACUCAUCAUUAACCUCCUGGCCCGGAUAUAGAUACACACACUAUCUGAUAGUGAUGUUCAAUUAUUUUUUGAUUUAUUUCACCUUUAUUUAACCGGGUAGGCUAGUUGAGAACAAGUUCUAAUUUACAACUGCAACCUGGCUAAGAUAAAGCAAAGCAGUUCGACACAUGCAACAACACAGA